UCUAAAAUCUUCAAAGACUCGAAGGACUUACUUCUAUGACUUUACUCAACGAUUACUUCAUUGUAUUUUUGGAGUACUGGACAAUUUUCUGCAACUAAAAGAUGACCAAAUAUCGUCCAGUAUUGCAGCAAGUCUUCAGUGAUAAUCAUCGAUUCUACUACUGCUUUUACGAGGAAUCACCAUGAAUGCCAGAACUCAGUUAUUCGAAUUAAGUAUGGAGGGAAGACAAGUGGAUGAAGCAGUAGCAAGUAUUUUUCACAGUGUCCUUUUCCAUCGAAGUCUUGGUAAAUUUAAAUACAAGCAAGAAGGCAGCUAUUCUGUAGGUACAGUGGGAUACCAAGAUGUCGACUGUGAUUUUAUUGAUUUCACUUAUGUCUGUUGUUCAUCGGUGCAUCUGGAUCAAACUUUGAAACGUGAAAUAUCAGGUUUUUCUGAAGCUUUACGUUCCACCGAUAGUCCAGGUUCUGGCCAAAUAUCCUUGGAAUUCUUUCAGAAGAAGAAAAAUCGUUGGCCCUUUCAACCAGAAUGCAUACCAUGGGAAGUCUGGACAGUACGCUUGGAACUGAUCAAAUUGGCCACAGAGCAUGAACGACAAAUAUGGAGAGAAAAGGUUGGAGAUUUGUUAACGGAUAAGAUUCUUUACAUAACAGAAGUGAUGAAUCGACAUGAUUAUCUUCCUAAAAUGCCAAAUCAAGCCGAACUGGAUUUGAUCUUUGAUACAUCAUAUCCCGACAUACAGCCUUAUCUGUUUAAACUAUCCUUUACGACAUCUAGCCCAUCGAGUACAACAAUGGGUAAUACAAUGAAAAAAUUGAUCAAAGAGACAUUGUCCAUUUAG